CGUCCGCACCGUGUACGUCUACAUGCGUUGUCGGAUAGGUGAAAUCUCGUCGGUCCCACGUGCGUGGCCCUCGUAUCACACCGUAUUAUUGUGGCACCUUCGGUACCAUCUCCGGAAGUCCGGACUACUGUAGCUACCGAACAGGGGAACGCCGGCGACCAGAAACACUAGUUCACGGGGGGUGGGGGUGUUCUAGAGUAUCAAAAAUAUAUUAUCAUCAUCAUGACGGGUUCGUGUUGCUAGGGAAGUCGCCAACGCACAAUAUUCGUCAUGCUGUUGUUUUGCCAAAGACCGGACCGGUACGUGGUCAUCUGGCUGUUUCAAAUACUGACCGUCAUCUGUGCAGUAUUGACGGACGAUCCGAAUUUUGCGGAGCCUAUACCAAAUGUUACAGUGUCGCUGGGGAGAGACGCAUCCCUUCCAUGUGUAGUCAACAAUCUCGGCACGUACAAGGUAGCAUGGAUCCACAUCGAUCGGCAAAUGAUUUUGACUAUUCAUCGUCACGUGAUAGCCCGAAUACCACGAUUUGGCAUCACGUACGAUAGUCAAAAAACGUGGCUGUUACAUGUCAAGGGUGCGCAGCCCGAAGACAGGGGCUAUUAUAUGUGUCAAGUGAACACAAACCCCAUGAUCAGUCAAGUUGGAUACUUACAGGUGGUCGUGCCACCAAAUAUCAUUGAUGAAGAAAGUUCUCCAUCUUCAGUAUCUAUCCGGGAAAAUCAAAAUCUAUCCCUUACGUGCAAAGCAGAAGGAUCACCGACGCCAAAAAUAAGUUGGAAAAGAGAAGACGGUAUUAAUAUAGCGACGGAUCGAAAAAAAAAAGCAGUGGAGAAGCUGUUCGGCGACACGUUAAACUUGACAAGAGUCAACAGAGCGGAUAUGGGCGCAUAUCUCUGUAUCGCUAGCAACGGUGUGCCGCCGUCAGUUAGCAAGCGCAUUAUACUCGACGUCGAAUUCUCGCCGAUGAUAUGGGUACCGAAUCAACUGGUCGGAGCUCCGUCCGGCACGGACGUGACGAUCGAUUGCCAGACGGAGGCGUAUCCAAAGUCGAUAAACUAUUGGUCGUUUCGUGACUCGAAAACAAUGCUGUUCCCCAACAAGAAAUACGUGACGUCGGACACGGAGAAAAGGUACCACAUCCACAUGCGACUCACCAUCAGGGACCUGAGCCAAUCGGAUUUCGGCAAUUACAAGUGCAUAUCUAAGAACUCGCUCGGCGAAACCGAGGGCUCCAUCAGACUUUACGAAAUACCAAAACCUUCUUUAGCCCCAAAAAGUGCGUCCGAACUCAACCGGGCGAAUAAAGAAGUUUUGAAGCAACCGAAAGUGUCAGUGGUACGAAACACGACUGGCCAGUCUGUCCGGGACAACCGGCAGCAUCAGUCGCGUCCCGUCAGGCCCACCGUUCCUGGGAGACUCGAGGCCUCAGGCAAUUGGGGCCCCAGCAGAUACAGCCGGUCCCAAAUCGCAAUAACCGUGUUUGGUGUAGUCACGUGUCUCACGUCUUCACAUCACAUACCAUCAUGAACGGCUCAACAUCCUUAUUAUAUAUUAUUAUCAUAACAUUAUUAUUAUACAACAAUUAUAGCUGAAUUUUGUUUUGUUUUGUUGUACACAUUUUAUUAUACAUUAUUAUAAUAAUUAUGAUUUUUAAGUUAAGUAUG